GUGAAACGUUGAAAGGGGACAGCAUCGGUUGGCGGAGAUUUUUGGGUCGGCGAUGGUGGAAAAGUAGUCACUUGUUGCAAAUUGGAAAAACCCAAUGGCUGGGAGGGAUUGGGGGAAGUCGGUUCCGCCUUUUAUCGAAGACAGAAAACAGCUCGACUUUUUUGGGUAUAUCUUUGUCAUGGCCUCGAGUAAAAUGCCAUAUCAAAGUGUUGCUCGCUGCUAUGCGGAUGCCAAUAGUCGAAUGCCGAGUAGUUACUGGGAUUACGACACUCAUCAAGUACAGUGGGGUCUUCAAGAAAAUUAUGAAAUUAUUCGAAAAGUCGGUCGUGGAAAAUAUUCUGAAGUCUUUGAGGGUAUCAACAUUACCAACAACGAACGCUGUGUUAUCAAAGUCUUGAAACCUGUAAAGAAGAAGAAGAUCAAGAGAGAAAUCAAAAUCUUGCAAAACUUGGCAGGCGGUACCAACGUUGUCGGUCUUCUUGAUGUUGUGAGAGAUCCUCAGUCAAAGACGCCGGCUCUCAUUUUUGAAUAUGUGAACAAUACGGAUUUCAAAAUCCUAUAUCCAAGAUUAACCGAUUAUGAUAUUCGAUACUAUAUGCUGGAACUUUUGAAGGCAUUAGACUACUGUCAUUCAAAGGGUAUCAUGCAUCGUGAUGUGAAGCCUCAUAACGUGAUGAUCGAUCAUGAAAAACGCCAGCUGCGACUGAUUGAUUGGGGUUUAGCAGAAUUUUAUCAUCCUGGCACAGAGUAUAACGUUCGCGUCGCAUCAAGAUAUUUUAAGGGACCUGAACUUUUGGUCGACUUUCAAGAAUACGAUUACAGUUUGGAUUUAUGGAGUUAUGGCUGCAUGUUCGCGAGUAUGAUCUUCCGCAAGGAACCAUUCUUCCAUGGCCAUGACAACUAUGAUCAACUUGUGAAAAUUGCCAGAGUGCUUGGCACAGAUGAGUUGUUCGCAUACCUCAAUAAAUAUGAUAUCGAACUGGAUCAGCAGUACCACGAUAUUUUAGGAAGCUACCCUCGUAAACCAUGGAGCAAGUUUAUCAACAAAGAUAAUGUUCAAUUUGUCUCCGAUGAAGCUAUAGACUUUUUGGAUCAUUUAUUGCGAUAUGACCAUCAGGAACGUCUGACGGCUCAGGAAGCCAUGAAUCACAAAUAUUUUGAUAUUGUGAAGAGAACAGAGGCGACCAAUUUACAAUGAUGACAUAACAUAUUUUUUAUGUACCAUUAAACUAUCCAGCAUUACGUGGCAGUGACAUUUCACUUGUUGCUCCAUCCUAGCUUUGAUCAUUUGACCCUUAUUGUUUUCUUUCUAUCCUCUUCAAGUCAUGAAUUAGUUUUUUUCCCGCUAAUAAUGAAACUUGUUUACAAUGUGCUUACUUUUUAUCACCUUAUCAUUUCUCUUUUUUUUCGCUUCCUUCCCGUUUGUACGUUGUCUCAAUCUUAUACAAAUCCAUCCUUUUGAUAAUACAGACGACAUCUUACACCGAACUGUCAUUGAAAAAAUUGUAGGAUCAGUCUUCCGGAAUGCUUC